CAGAUGGCGCACGUGAGCGUGACACCUUGACCCUUUUCACCCCAAAGCAUCAUGGCGGCAGUUGUGACUUUCCUUCGCAGACUUUCGACAAUAACACCGUUGAAGAAGGGCGUUUUGCAGAGAUAUCCAACCUGCAUCAGAACAAUGUCAGGAGCAGUUCCACAGGGAGUCAGUGAGAGACUCUGGAGUCUUGGAAAACUGAACCAUGUCGCCAUCGCUGUUCCAAAUUUAGAAAAUGCAACAGCCCUGUACAGAGAUGUCAUGGGAGCCAAAGUAAGCGAGGUUACGCCAUUGCCAGAACAUGGUGUAUACACAGUCUUUGUUGAGCUGGGAAACACAAAACUGGAGUUACUUCAUCCUCUUGGGGAAAAAAGUCCCAUUGAAGGGUUUUUGAAGAAGAAUGCUGCUGGAGGAAUUCAUCAUAUUUGUAUUGAGGUUGAUAACAUCACAGAAGCAGUGAAACAGCUGACGUCCAGUCACAUUCGUGCCCUGAACCCUGAGCCAAAGAUCGGAGCCCACGGGAAGCCUGUGGUGUUCCUACAUCCUAAAGACUGUAAUGGUGUUCUGCUGGAACUGGAGGAGGCGUAGACACAGUGGUGUGAAGAUUUAAGGAAUAUCACACAUGUGGCACAUUAAACACUGGUGUUGUAUUGAA